AUGUCAUUAUCUCACAAGGCGAAAACGUGGUUGAAUUCUUUACCAAAACACUCCAUUAAGACUUGGGAUGAUCUUGUGUCUAAGUUCAAGGGCAGAUUUAUUCCAAGGGGCAAACGUGCUACAUUAAGGGGUGAAUUGCUUUCUUUCGAGCAGCAUCCGGAUGAGUUAUUCUACGAGGCUUGGGAAAGAUUCAAGGAUAUGUGGAGAAAUUGUCCAAAUCAUGAGCAAAAGAAAUAUGUUCUAAUGGAAGCCUUCUGGAAUGGGUUGAAUGAUCAGACAGUGACAAUGCUGAAUACCGCUUCAAACGGAGGAAUCGGAAAGAUGAAGGUAAAUGAGCUAUAUGAACUGUAUGAAGAGGUGGCAUCUAGCACUAUGCAACAGUAUAACAAAAGAAGGCAAAGUUCUGGGAGAUAUAAGGAGCCUAGUUCUUCAUCAUCAAGGGAUAUUGCAUCGCAACUUGAAGCAAUAUCUAAGAGAUUUGACAAUCUGGAAUUGCAGAUUAAGAAAGGAAAUGCUGCAGGAGUUCAUGCACUUCAGGCUCCGGGAUACACUUGUGACCAUUGUAAUGAGGAACAUCAUUCUGAUCAAUGCCCAUACACCUUGGAGACAGUCAAUUAUAUGAAUAAUGCGCAGCAAAGACCACAAGGAAGCCCUUACUCUCAAACUUACAAUCCAAAUUUGAGAAAUCACCCAAAUUUCUCUUGGCGAAAUGGGCCAAGUUUGAAUCCUCCACAAAUAUUACCAUCUGGUGCUAAACAAAUGGGGCCUCCUGGUUUUCAUGGUCAACCACAGCAACAUCAAUUGCAACAGCAGCAUCCUCAAAAGGAAGAAUCCAAAAUUGAGAAGAUGUUUGCUCAACUAUUAGCAAAUCAAGAAUCUGCAAGGGCUGAGAAUAAGGCAACAUUUUCUCUCCAUGAAACUGCCAUCAAGAAUCUCGAGGUGCAAAUGGGUCAACUGGCUUCACAAAUGAAUGUACUCACAAGAAGCAGCUUACCAAGUGAUACCAUUCCCAAUCCAAAAAGGGAUGGUAAUGAAGAGUGCAAAGCUAUCAGUUUGAGAAGUGGAAAGCAAUACCUGACAUUCAGAGGCCUAGUCAGACGCAAGGACAUCACUAACAGUAUGGCGACUGACCUUGAUACAAAUGAGCUUUCAGAAGAAGGUGGUAUAGUAGAAGAGGAAGAAACCAAGAAAAGGAAACAAACAGAAGAAAAUCUCACUGAUGUGGUUCGAGGAAAGAAUGUAGAGGGUGAAAUGGUUGAUGAUAAAAAGAGGAAGACAACUCCCCCUCUUGCUACACAGAUGCCGCCACUUCCCUUUCCUCAAAGGUUCAAGAAGAAAGAUGAAGAUGUCCAGUUCAAGAAAUUUGUGGACAUGUUUAAGCAAUUACACAUCAACAUCCCGUUUGCUGAAGCAUUAGAGCAGAUGCCUAAGUAUGCUAAGUUUCUUAAGGAUGUUCUCUCCAAAAAGAAGAGAUUUGGUGAAUUUGAAACGGUGGCUCUGACUGAAGAUUGUAGUGCCAUCUUGCAGCGAAAACUCCCACCCAAAUUGAGAGAUCCAGGCAGCUUUUAUAUUCCUUGUAACAUAGGCAAACACUUCAAUGGAAAAGCCCUAUGCGAUUUGGGAGCAAGUGUUAACUUGAUGCCUCUAGCUGUAUUUAAUCGAUUAAAUUUGGGUGAAGCAAGGCCAACAACUGUUACAUUGCUCUUUGCUGACAGAAGUAUCUCAUAUCCAAAAGGGAUUGUAGAAGAUGUCUUGGUGAAGGUAGACAAAUUCAUAUUCCCAGCUGAUUUCAUUGUGUUAGACUGUGAGGUAGAUUGGAAUAUCCCCAUUAUUUUGGGACGGCCAUUCUUAGCUACUGCAAGAACCCUCAUUGACGUAGAAAAGGGUGAGAUCACCAUGCGAGUAAAUGAUGAGAAGGUGAUAUUCAACAUGAAUCAAGCCUUGAAGUUUCCAGAUGAUUCUGCUCACUGUAAUUGUAUCGAUGUGAUUGAUUCUACAGUGCAAGAGGAGUUGAUUAACUCUUUGACCAAAGACCCAUUAGAAGCAUUGUUGAUUGGAGAAACAAGUAGUAUUGAUGGCAAGGUUGAAGCUUAUGCAGAAAUGAUGAGUAUUGAAGCAUUUCCGUAUCGAAAAGCUAAGACUUUUGAGCCUCUGGAUGUGACUAGUGCUUUAAGCUCUCCUCUAAAGCCUUCUGUGGAUGAACCGCCGGUGUUGGAGUUGAAGACUUUACCAUCACAUCUCAAGUAUGCCUACUUGGGUAAUUCUACUACUUUACCUGUGAUCGUUUCUUCUAAGUUGUCCACGUUGCAAGAAGAGAAACUGUUAAGGGUCUUGAGACACCACAAGAAAGCUAUUGGGUGGUCCAUAGCUGACAUCAAAGGGAUCAGCCCUUCUAUUUGUAUGCACAAGAUUUUAUUAGAGGAUGGUCACAAACCUUCCAUUGAGCAUCAAAGGAGAUUAAACCCAGUUAUGAAAGAAGUAAAAGGCGGUAUAACUGUAGUGGCUAACACCCAAAAUGAGCUAGUUCCAACUCGUACUGUGACUGGGUGGAGAAUUUGCAUGGAUUAUCGAAAGUUAAAUACAGCAACCAGAAAAGACCAUUUCCCGCUGCCAUUUAUUGAUCAGAUGUUGGAUAAACUUGCUGGGCAAGAAUUCUUUUGUUUCUUGGAUGGGUAUUCAGGAUACAACCAAAUUGUAAUAGCCCCAGAAGAUCAAGAGAAAACAACCUUUACUUGUCCAUAUGGCACGUUUGCUUUCAAAAGAAUGCCAUUUGGUCUUUGCAAUGCUCCAGCAACAUUUCAAAGAUGCAUGAUGGCCAUCUUUGCUGACAUGAUUGAGAAAACAAUUGAAGUGUUCAUGGAUGACUUCUCUGUUUUUGGAGAUUCUUUUGAUUGUUGUUUAGAUAAUUUGGCGGCUGUUUUGCAAAGAUGUGAAGAAACUAAUUUGGUUCUGAAUUGGGAAAAAUGUCACUUCAUGGUGCAAGAGGGCAUUGUCCUUGGUCAUCGAGUAUCCAAACAAGGCCUAGAAGUUGACAAGGCAAAGAUAUCUGUUAUUGAGCAAUUGCCUCCACCAACAAGUGUUAAGGGUAUUAGAAGUUUCUUGGGUCAUGCGGGAUUCUACCGUCGUUUCAUUAAAGAUUUCUCUAAAAUCACUAAGCCUUUGUGCAAUUUGUUGGAGAAAGAUAGGGAGUUCAAGUUUGAUGACACUUGUAUGAACUCUUUUGAAGAAUUAAAGAAGAAGCUCACCUCAGCACCAAUUUUAGUGGCACCUAAUUGGGAGCUACCCUUCAUCAUUAUGGCAGAUGCUAGUGAUUUUGCCGUUGGAGCAGUUCUAGGACAAAAAGUAGAAAAGGUCUUCCAUCCCAUCUACUAUGCUAGUAAAACUUUGGAUGAUGCCCAACUUAACUACACUACUACAGAGAAAGAAUUGCUUGCAGUGGUGUUUGCUUGUGAGAAAUUCCGGUCUUAUAUUGUGAGCACCAAAGUGACUAUCUAUACGGACCACUCUGCCCUAAAGUAUCUGUUUACCAAGAAAGAUUCCAAAGCACGCCUAAUUCGAUGGGUCCUUUUGCUUCAAGAAUUUGACUUGGAAAUUGUUGAUAGGAAAGGCACUGAGAACCAAGUGGCCGAUCAUCUAUCUCGAUUAAGUAGUGAAGCUCAACAUGAUCAUUGUCAAGAGAUCAAUGCAGCUUUUCCCGAUGAAUGCUUGUUCUUUGUGGAUAACUCAACUACUCCAUGGUAUGCAGAUCUGGUUAAUUAUCUGGUUUGUGGAACUCUGCCACUAGACCUUAACUCCCAUCAAAAGAGGAAAUUUCUUCACGAUGCAAAGAUGUACUUCUGGGAAGAACCUUACUUGUUCAAAAGAUGUGCCGAUCAGAUGAUAAGAAGAUGUGUUCCGGAAGUUGAGCGAUGUGAUCGGUGUCAACGAGUGGGAAACAUAUCAAGAAGGAAUGAAAUGCCUCUGAAUAAUAUUCUGGAAGUUGAACUCUUUGAUGUAUGGGGAAUUGACUUCAUGGGCCCGUUUCCAAAGUCUCUCAAUCAAGAGUACAUUCUGGUUGCUGUGGAUUAUGUCUCGAAAUGGGUUGAAGCUACUGCAUGUGUAUCCAGUGAUGCUAAAACGGUGAUCAAAUUCUUAAAGAAAAACAUCUUCACGAGAUUUGGAGCACCUCGGGCUAUUAUUAGUGAUGGCGGUUCUCACUUUUGCAAUCAUCAAUUUCAAGCUCUGAUGAAGAAAUAUGGUGUAAAGCACAGGGUAACUUUGGCUUAUCAUCCUCAGUCAAAUGGCCAAGCAGAAAUAUCCAACCGAGAGAUCAAAAGCAUUCUUGAGAAGGUAGUAGGUGCAACAAGAAAGGAUUGGUCAUUAAAACUGGAUGAUGCUCUUUGGGCCUACAGGACAGCAUAUAAAACUCCGAUUGGGAUGUCUCCCUAUCGGUUGGUGUUUGGAAAAGCAUGUCAUCUGCCUGUAGAAUUGGAACAUGGAGCUUAUUGGGCCAUAAAAAAGCUCAACUUUGACUUUCAAGCUGUUGGUGCAAAAAGGCUCCUACAACUGAAUGAGUUAGAGGAAUUUCGCCUUAAUGCCUAUGAAAGUGCAAGGCUCUAUAAGGAACGGACCAAGAAGUAUCAUGAUCAGAAAAUUAUCCCCAAGGUCUUUGAAGCGGGGCAAAAGGUGUUACUUCAUAAUUCCAAAUUGAGAUUAUUUCCGGGCAAACUCAAAUCACGUUGGUCAAGGCCAUUCACUGUGGUACAAGCUGCUAACCAUGGUGCGGUGGAGCUGGAAAAUGAAAAAGGUGAAAGAUUUCAUGCAAAUGGCCAUCAUCUGAAGCAUUGUUGGGGUGGAAAAGUGGAUGUCAAGUCUCUACAAUCUACUUUGCUGAACAAUGCACCUUUUGAUGCAUACGGUUCACCAAAAAUCGCGAAAAGAAUCAAUGUGUAG